CGAGCCUUGGUUUCGUAUAAAAGAUGUCCCCAACAUCCGAUGUUCUUUAUCCAUCUAGAAACAGGGUUUAGUCUAAAUUUCCCUAUGAAUUUUUAACAUUCCAGUGAAAACUUUUUUUAAGGGGGAAAAAUUUCGAACCGAACGAUAAAAAAACAAGAUUAUUCUCUAGAAACAAAGAAACAAACUUUUUAUUUGAUCAGGUUUUGUUUUACAAGUUUAGUGACAACUUUUCUUUGUUGAAAGUUCAAUAAAUUUAUAGGGUUAAACAAAAUUGCUUAUCGUCAGUGAGAAACAGAGGUCCAGCAGACGAUUGACUUGAUCAACUCAGCAGAGAUACCACGAAGUGAACAGUUGACAUUAGCAGUUGGGCUUAGCCAGUUCCUAGUCUACAGGUAAAAGAAAUAAGUGCAACAUUUCAGCUGGAUUCAAGACUUGGUGCGGGAGAAGAAAACGUUUACAAACAUUUGACUAGACAGACAGACCGAAUACUUAACAAAUAUGCAGAAAAUUCUCUUCGUGUCACUGCUAGUGCUCUCCCUUGCUGUCAUGGAGAUAGUGUGCAUGGACAACAUGCUGACACCCCCUGAGAGACCCGCAGAAUUCAAAAAUGCAAACGAAUUGAGAAAAUAUCUGAAGGCCCUUAAUGAAUACUACGCCAUCGUUGGACGGCCAAGGUUUGGUAAAAGAAAUGGAGCUUCCAUAUUAAACGACCUUUUUAGACAAAAUGGUGACGAAUUCGCUGAUUACGGCGCCAACUGGGCCGACAUCUAAAUGACGUCAUGAUGAGCAUCCCAGAGACCCGCUGUAACAUCUUCCGGUGUGAGCGGUUGUUCUUUCUCAUGGUGCAAUCCAAAAUGUUUCUCUCUAAGAAUUCGUUUCCGUUUUUACUUAAUUUCGUUUUAGAACUUAAACGUGAGAUUGAAUAAAAAAAUUGAUAAAAAAUUAA